AUGUCACGGGGCGGUUUCAGAGGCCGGGGUAGAGGAGGAGGCGGUGGCGAUAGAGGUAUGCCUCCAGGCGGGUUCGGCACUUUCUCUAGGCAAGAAUGGACAGACGCCAUGCAGAACAUGAAGACAGAUCCACAAUACAAAGGUGUACUAUAUCCAAGACUGGAACAUAUCAACAUAGCAUAUCUAUCCGGUCCAGACGACCUUGAAGACCUAGCAAUGUCGCAUUCAAUCUCACUCAACUCUACACUUGUGACUGGGAAGGCCAUCGGCACAGUGGAAGCCUUGCGACCGGCUGGAGCAUCUCCAGCAUGGAGAAUCACGGGUGAGAGGAAGGUAGUCGGGAUUGAGAUCGAAUCAUACUCAGAUCGUUUCAAUCCACCGUCAUCAUCCGGUCCUUCCAAACUGGAUCCUGUCGCUUUGAAGUUGGAUCCAUCGAUGUUUCCACCUUCUUUAUGGGCAGAAUACUUUGAUGGUGCAGGCCAGAAGGCUAAAAGCAGACCAAAGAAGAAACGGAAGCUUGAAGAUCUCGACAAAGAUGGUGACGAGAAUGCGGAACAUCAGGAAACACCUCCGCCAUCGUCUGACGAGGACUUCGAUUUUGACGAAGAAGAGGAGGAAGAUCAUCAAGAUUAUGAUGCUAAUUAUUUCGAUAACGGAGAAGGGGACGAUGAUAGUGGCGGUGAUGAAGCUGAAGAUGGAGGAGGCGGUUAUGACGAUUGA